AUGGCCGUAGAAGACGUCGAUGCCACCACUCUGAUGCCUCUCGAGACCCCCAUCCUCAAGGUCUCGCGGCCAGUGGCUGCAUGCUCGCGGUGCCGCAACGCCAAGAUCAAAUGCGACGGCAAGCUGCCCGCCUGUACUUCUUGCGAGAAGAAUGGCAGGGCUGCCGAGUGUACCAGCACUAACGAUCAGUUUGCACGAGGCAAGGAGCGAAGCUAUGUCUCCACCCUCGAGACCCGCAUCGACAAGCUGCAGGCCAAACUGGAAGAAGCGCGAGCGAGGAAACCUUCAGUCGUGUCGAUCCCCGACGAUGAUAUGAAUGCUUCGCGAAGGCAGUCUUACCAAGUCCAGGAACCGCCCACUCCAAAUACCACCAGCAAAGCCCUGAGACGGAAAGAAGCCACCGCCAUCGAUGACUUGGUAUCAGACUUUGGCUUUCUGUCCGUCAACGCCACCGCAAGAGACUUCUAUGGCUUUACUACUGCCAUGUCGUACGCUCGACUCGUGCUCUGGGCAUGUUCGAAGGAUCCUUUACCAGAGGGAAUGGCCCAGCCUCUACCGCCGCGAUAUGCUGCCACCGCGUUGAUCCAACACUACCUCAACAAUAUCUUCGUUCUCCUCCCUGUAUUCGACGAAGCCAGUUUCUAUGCCUCAGUCGACAAUGUCUAUUCCAGAAACUCACACCAGGCAGAACCUCUGGAUCACUGGCUGGUGCGGGUGGUCCUGGCCAUUUCGAGUGCUUCAAUGUCCGAGCAAAGAGGUGACCAACGCUACAUGGAGGCUAUCGGCCAUGUGUGUGCUGCGUUGGAGUCCUCCGAAGACGUGCUGCAUCCCGGUGCGAUUAAUAGUAUUCAAGCCAUCGUGUUGCUUACCGAGUACGCUAUGCUGGAUCCUCACCACUUCGAUUCCUGGGGCUUGAUUGGUGCAGCUUCCCGUGCCAUGGUUGACCUGGGUCUUCACCAGGAUCCACCAAAAGGUACGGCCAUGCCCAAAGGCAAGCUGGAACUUCGACGUCGUGUAUAUCAUUGCAUCUACGCCCUCGAUCGAUCAACAUCACUCGUACAGACGAGGGCGUUCUCCUUUUCAGACGACAGCGCCAAGGUGAAAGUCCCAUUCGGCAAGCAAGCAUCGUCAGCGCCAACAUCGCCAGGUCCUUCCGUGCCACAAAAGCUCUGGUCACAGUCUCACGAGCACGCUAUGCACUUGGUGGAGCUUCGAAAGUUGCAGUCUCGGUGGUAUAGCGACUUAUUCCAGUCUGGACGAAGUCGAUGGGAUGAGCCUUAUCCUUACGUCUGGAGCACGUGUGAGUCAAUGCGCAAAUGGUUCGAAAACCUACCGCCAACGACAUCGCCCAACAUGCGCGCAUUCUUCGAACUUGAUCUGCUCUACUCGUACGUUUACGUGCUCUCACCAUCUCCCCGGGUGCCGGCCAUCAGACCCUUUGCGCAGAAGCUCAUCUUCGAAUACUGCAUCCAAUAUGCCGACUUGAUGUUGCGAUUGAUCAGCGAUCCAGCGUACACAGCUCCACUGACUUUUUACGACGCAAUGAGGGUUUACAUGACUGGUCGACAGUUUCUCGACGUCCUACAACACGAUCUCGAUGCUCUUAUGAGCGGCAGCAUUCCGCCACAUCCAGAAGUUAAACCUACAGCUGCUCCACCACCACCAAUGCCUGUCGUUCCACUACCGCCUGGAGAUACUGUACUGCGCUUUAACAUUGCUCGAAGCAUCGCCUGCAUCAAGAACAUUUCAGAAUCAUUGUCUCGAUUCGGCAUUCGCUGGGGAUAUAUGAGCUGGAGUCAGAGGUAUCAAGGCGAGACAUCUCCAAUGCUGGACGAACUCAAUAUUCGGUUGCGUGAUUUGGAGGGCACUCGUAGACAGAGUGUCUGGCAUUCAGGAUCGAGUGGUUCAGUGGGUAGUACCCAGGCGUACCAAUCACCUCCCAGUAUGCAGACACCGCCAGGCAUGCCAACGCCACCCGGAAUUCCACAGCAACCUGUGAUGUCUGUGCAACAGACUCCACCCGGUCUGCCACACGCGCAUCCUAUUCACCACGUCAGCCCACCUCAGUUCCACCAGCAGCCUAUUGGACCUGUAUCAUACAAUAUGGCCUCUUUUGCAGCUGGGCAGCAAGCAUAUCAGCAACAGCACCAGUACCAGCAGCCUGCGUAUAAUUUCAAUCAGAUGCCCACUCCCGCGCAAAAUGCACCGUUCACCAUGCAUCAAGGCAACGCUCAUCGCCCAAGCCAACAAUUUGCAACUUGGACCGGCUAUGGAGGCAUUGGUGGUCAGCCAGAUAUGUUGGACGAAGAGAAUGCAGUACCGCCAGACUCAAAUCCGUGGAAAACUUGA